GGCACGAGCAAGCUCGGCUCAUGGGCUCGGCUGCGGCAACUGUAAAACGGCCUUAAGUUGAUUUAUACUCCAUCCAAGAGAUGGCAGUGAUGUGAUGUCCAUUUCUUGCUAUUGACUAGGAACAGCUCGGUGGAGGUGAGGCGCACCGCGCCAGUAAAAAAAACUAAAUGUUAGCUAGCUAUUUGCUUGACAGUUUAAAUUCCCAAACCUAGUUCCAGCAAUUACCCUGGUCCUCCCCUUAAAGAAAGUGGAGUCGUCCAACGGAAAAGGCUUUGACAUCCACUCUGCUGCUGGAGUUGCUGUGAGAUGAUGCAGUCCAACAGGUCUGAGUACAGUCACAGGCGGCAGUACAGUGACAAAAGUUCAAGGAAGUGGGACGACUAUGAUGACGAAUGGGAAGAAAGGCGUGAACCUCACAGAGAUAUAGCGCGGGAUCAGAAAUAUGGUGGUGAUGGACAGAGUAGCACAGAGAGGACAGGCAGAAGCAGAGAGUACAGUGACUCGCCUAAGAUGCUGUACAGCAAAGACGCAAUGAACAGAGACUGGAGCAGAAAGAGCUCAGCGAGGAGACGCAUGUCUUCCCCUGUUUGGGGUACUUGUGAGAAGAAAAGGAGAAGGUGUACAGAAGAUGAUAAGGAUGAUUCCAUGUACAGGCGUGAGCCUGAGGAUGAAACAAACAGGCAAUCGCCAGACAGUUUUUCACGUGCACAUGUAACCAAGGAUUUUAAACAUACACUACCAGAGGAAGAGGAUUUCAGAUACAGGAAAACACCUCAAGACUCCAAACACAGAUAUCGGCACGAGGAGUUCACCUAUAGGCAACAACCUGAUGACUGCAGACAAUCGUCUGGAUACUACAAAGGCAGAGAUGGUCAUGAAAGGAGCAGAGACGUUUCACGAGAGAGGACACGAUCCCAAGAUCGCUCUACAAAGAGUUAUGCCAAACCCAGAGAGAGGACUGACGGCCCCUCCACAGAUCAUAAGGAUUAUCGUCAAAAUAGAACAUGGUUUCCCCUGAAUGAACCUAGUGGGCAGUCUUUCGAGAGGGCCGUCGCCAACCAAAGUGCUGCCGUUCCUGAGCAGAAGAAGUCGGCCAUGGGUUUUCAGCGUUUCCUUGAUGUGCUCAACAAGGGUGUGAAUGUCACCAUGCUCAACAAGAUAGUGACUCAAACCACCACUGAAGUGAGUGAUCGGCCACGCUCUCCCACUUCUUUCAUGAACACCGAUCGUCCGUGGUCUCCUGGUUAUGCUGGGAGGCAACAGGGAAACCACCAAAAUACCAGCCACUGGAGUGAGACUGAGAGAUCCCAGAGACGGGCGUCUCUGAAGCCUUGUCGCAGGUCCUUCAGCCCUGAGGGCCGCGCUCCGUCUGAUGAAAAGUCUCUGCAAAGGGCUGACGGAGAACAAAGCUACUUUAGCUCCAACAGUAGAUCCCAGUCUCCCUCAGUGGUGGCUAAGAUAACACUGACACCUGAAGAGAAGCACAAGCACAGGCAAAUGCAAGAUGUCUUACAGGCCAUUGGCAUUGAUUUAGGAUCCGAAGAACUGGGCCAAAUGUCACAUCGGAUCCAUGAGAGGUUAUAUGGCAAGAAGGAUUGUGACGGGGGGCGCCAUCGUAGAGGAAGCCGGGAAAGAGACACAAGGCCAGCGUUUUCACCUAGACCGCAAAGUAGAUCAUCGUCAUCGAGCAGAUCUAGUUUUAGCCUGGUAAAUCUGGAAUAUCACCAGAAAAAAGACUCGUAUAGUGCUCAGAGGGAUGAAACCGAGGUAAAACAAGUACAUGUGCAUGAAGCUGUUGGAUACGGCCAGAAUAGCAGCCGUGGCACUUUACAGGAGAGUCAGAAAUGUGAAACGUACUCCCAGGAAAGUACUGCUGCAUGUCAAUCAUUUUCUCAAAAUUCCCAAUACACUUUAUCAACGUCAUCCCCUACACCUGUAAUGCCGAAGUACUCCCCAGUCCGUUCACAGCUGUUGCAAUACCCAGCUCUGCCCCCAGCUCUGCCCCCAGCUCUGCCCCCUCCUAACUUGCCCCACCUUGGGCCCAGGUUUUUCAUGCCUGGCCUGCCUCCCUUCUUCCCUUACCCCCGUCCCCCACCUUUUAACAUCUUUCCCGCACUACUCGCUCAGACGAGGCACCUUCUCAAUCCAAGCAAUCCACCCUUUUUUAACCUGCCAGGUAAUACACCGACUCAGUAUAUGAACACCACACAAAAAUCUAAAACUCUGUCCAGGCCUCGCUGUCUGCAGGUUAUUGAAACCAAACAACCUGGAUGAAGAGUGUUUCAUAGCAGGAAUAUCUGACUGACUGAUAUAGUUGGAAAAUUAUGUUUUGUCUCUGGAGAAUAGUAAAAUAUCUCCAUAGAAUAAACAGUUGGGCCUUUAUGGCGUUCUGUUUUAACCACAAAACACAUUUGAACAUCCCCUCACACAGAAAAUGAACAACACGCAACCUGUCCAGCA